AUGUCUGGUUCAGAACCAUCUAAGUCGCAUCAUUGUGUAGUGAUUAAUAAAGACUUUGAAUGGAAGGUAAAAAAUUGUGAUGAGGACCACGACGGAUUGUGUAGAUGCCGUAAGCGUAGAACAGGAGGAACUGUAGAAUAUGAGUGUUCAGGUACUGGCAGCAAGACAUUUUGUAUUGAGGAAAAGUCAGGAGAAUAUUGCUAUUGGUUGGAAGAUGAAAACAAAGAAAAAGCACAUAAACUGCAGCAAGCAUGUAGAAAAAGAACAAAUGGACAGUUAGCUACUAUUUCUGAUGAACACAUUAAUCAAAAUGUGACCAGUCAUUUUAAAAGCAGAAUAAAUAAAGAUACAUUUGUAUGGAUUGGUGUAACUAAUAGACUUUGGUAUACGAAUGAUGGUGGUGUAAUUAGAAACGAGGAUAUCAUAUGGGAUGAUGACAACAUAAGUCCAGACAAACAUUGUGCUGUAGUCAAAGUUGGGUCUGGUUUCAGAGUCGAUAAAUGUAAAGAUGACAAACAUGCAUUUUAUGGCAUAUGUGAGAGUACAGAUAGAACAUCCUACCCUACCAUCUGUAACCUAAUCAUUUUAAAUUGUAAAGGAAGCAAAACAACCACCACAUGUUCAGAUAGCAACUGCUAUUGGAAAACUAAUGGGAAGCAUAAAAAGAAAAUCGAUGCUGAAUGGGAAUGUAGAAAUGGCGGUGGUAAAUUGUUUAUACCAAAACUAAGAUAUGAUACAAAUAAUAAUGUAAUAAUUGUAGAUACAGUAUCAAAUUCUCCGGACGAUACUAAGUAUUGGACUGGUAUGACAGAUAAAGUAAGAGUAUGGUAUAACCGUAGAGAUAGUGACAUACAGCACUGGUUUAAAUGGAACGAGGGUGAACCUGAUGACGGAAGCUGUGUAAUAAUAAAACCUGAAGAUGAUUUCCAAUGGUCAACUACAAAAUGUCAAGGAAAUAAAAAUUAUCCAGCCCUCUGUAUGAAGUUUUCCAAUUCAAAAGAAAGUGGUAAGUCUACAAUACCUGGAAGUAGUGACAGAACAAAUACUCAGUCGUGCAAAGAAACUACACAGGCGCAAACAGAUGCUGCGACACAAACGUCAGAAAGUACUAAAGAACAU